AUGGCUUGGUUUGCUGCAACUUCACUGAUGCGAACAAUAGAGCUUGAGUUCCUGCAACCUCAUCCGCGUCUUGUUCUUGACCAUACAGAGACAGAAGCAGUGGAAGCUCUCCAUCGAAGGCUUGCUCAGAUGCUAGCCUUUCUUGAUAAUGUUUCAGAGAAUCAAUUGAAUGAUGAUGACGAGACGACCAAAGAGUGGAAAGGGAGAAUUAAAGAGGUUGCACUAAGAAUAGAACACAAAAUUGAAUCAGAAAUAAUUGAUGUUUUUGGCAGAGAGGAUCCGAGAUGGCGAUUCCUUGGAAGAGUUGACGACUGCAUACAACCUCAAAGAUUCCUUACAACCUUGCAAAAUGGCUCCGGAGAGUUUAUGGAGUUGGUGAAGAACAAACAGCGGAUGAAAGAUUUGCAAAUAAAAGAUGAUGACAUUCCUUCUUCGUCCAGUGAAAAGAUUGAGCAUCAUCAUCAUUCUGCUAGUUCAAAGCUACUUUGGAGCUCAAUAAUGGUAGGACGUCAUGACGAAGUGAAUAUGAUUUCGGAGUUACUUGUUCAAGAUUCAUGGAAAGAAAGACGGGUUGUGCCCAUUGUUGGCAUGGGAGGUAUAGGCAAGACAAAGCUUGCUCAAACAUUGUAUCAACAUCCAACAGUUUCAUCACAUUUUGACGUUGUUGCUUGGACAACUGUGUCUGCACAACCUGUCAUGCGACAAAUGCUUCUUCAGCUCUUGUCUACUAUGCAAAUCUCCCAGGAAAAGGAAAUCAUCAAUAAAAGCAACGAAGAACUAGCAGACCGAUUACGUAGAUGCUUAAUGGGUCGGAGGUAUUUCAUUGUUGUAGAUGACUUGUGGAGCACAGACUUCUGGGAUGAAAUCCAAAGGUGCUUCCCAGAAGAUAGUAAUGGAAGUCGAAUAUUGGUGACCACUCGACUUCAAGAAGUGGCCAUUUCUACAGGAGGAUCACAUAAUUAUUGGCUAAACUUGCCUUUCUUAAAUCCAGAUGAAAGUUGGGAAUUAUUUAAUCAGUGGAUUCUCAAUUAUGGAAGCUUAAGCUUAAGCUUUCCUAUGAAACUUGAAGGGAUAUGGAGACACAUUGUUGAGUAUUGUAAAGGAUUGCCGCUUGCAAUUGUGAUAGUUGCAGGACUUGUACAAGCCAUCAAUGAGUCACUAUGGGAAUCUCAAUCAGAGGAGAUUGAGAAAAUAUUAUGUGCCACUGUGACCAACAGCCUUCUUGAUAGUUUUUCAGAGAUUCUCAGGUUGAGUUACAACCACUUACCUAAUGUCUUGAGAGUUUGUUUCUUAUAUGUGGGAGUUUUUCGUGAAGAUAGUGCAAUCCCUAUGAAAAAGCUUAUUAGAUUAUGGAUAGCAGAAGGGUUUGUGAAGGUAGAAGAAGAUGCUGAAGAUUACUUAAAGGAUCUAAUUCUUUUGAGAUACAUAGCUCUACGCCCAUCCAAGUCUCUUAAUAGUUUACCUGUGUUAAAGGAUUGGAAUUUACAAACUCUUGUGCUUUUAGAAAGUUGGGGUUGCAGUAGUACAAGUGCAGACGACGACCCCAAUCCUUUGAUACCUGCUGAAAUUUGGGAGUUGCCAAAGUUGAGACAUCUCCAAGUUUGCACAACAUUUGUGUUGGGUACUCCAACUGCGGUUCAUCAAUACAUACAGACAGUUCAAUGGUUGCGCCCAUUCCAAUGUACAGAGCAAGUGUUCUUAAGGAUUCCGAAUGCAAAAGUGAUGGGAGUUUUCAUGGAGGGCAGUGUGGAAUUUGGAGAGCCGAAUUGUUUGGAUAAUUUGAGGUAUUUACAUCAACUUGAGGAACUAAAAAUUGAAAGCAGACACAGUAAUCCUGUUUUGCUUCCAGUUGUGGAUGCUUUUCCAGUACAGCUCAAAAAGUUGAAAUUGAAGGGAACUUUGGUGCCAUGGGAUGCUAUGACAGUUAUUGGUAUGUUGCCUAACCUCCAGCUGCUUAAACUUAUAAAUGGAGCUUGCCAGGGACAACAUUGGGAACUAAGUGAAGCUAGUUUUCCUCAGUUAAAAUCGUUGCUUAUUUAUGGAUCAGAUUUGAGGCACUGGGAAGCCACUAGUAAUGAUUUCCCUGUUCUUGAGCGCCUAAUUCUUAAACAAUGUUAUGAAUUGGAAGCAAUCCCUUCUAGUUUUGAAGAUAUACUCACUCUAGAGUUGAUCGAGUUGUGUCAUUGUUAUUCUCGGCUUGUCAACUCUGCCAACCAAAUACAACAAGUGCAAAGAGAUUAUGGAAAUAAUGAACUUGUUGUUUGUGCCUACAAUAUUUGGAGAAAUGCUGAAGAGGUACUUGAAGGUGAACUUAAAGAGGAACUAGAAGGAUGAUAGUGAAGGAGAUUUUGAGGAAUAAUGAUAUCAAAUUCAGAAGUGUGGAUUCAUCACAAUCCUAAGUUUAUAUAUGUUGGCUGCUCUUGAAUUCUUGCAGAGUUGGAAUGAAAUUUGUAGAGGAUGAGU